AUGCCUGACCUUCUCGCGCUCUGCGAUGAUGUCUUACAGCUUAUCUUGCCGUUGCUCUCACAGAAUGACGCCAUCCAUCUUUCUCUGACAUGUCGUACGGGAUAUGACAUAGCAUUGCCUCGCAUUCUUCAUACAGUUAGGUUCAACACCUUGAACGAAAUGAUGCCACCACCUCAGUGUGAGCGGCGUCUCCUCGAGUUCUGCGCCUUCGUGCUAGCGGAUGUUGUACGACGGGCAUCCCUACUGCGAAUCAUGGAGAUAUCCCUUUCAGCGUACGCAUUCAUUGGACGCACAGGCGAGUUUCAAGUGGAGGGCCGUCCAUUCACGGCGGGUUUAGCGGAUAUCCUAAAGCAUGCUUCAAAUCUUCUCGAGCUCUCCCUAUGCUUGCCUAAUAUCAUCGUGCGCGAUGACUCAUCAUUGCUGGAGUCCGUGGCUGCUCUCCCGAGAUUGAGGUCACUUGAGAUUGGCAUUCCGGCUGACUUGUGUCGGGUGCUCGCAAAGACAGUUUCUCGUCCCCGCCGACUGGUGUUAGCGCUUACUCCCAAAUAUCCCGGACUACAUUUAGACGUGCUUCUCACCUCAAACCUUAUGGCGAGCGUUGAGGAACUGCACAUCGACAUCUCGUCGCUCAAAAUCCCACGCAUGCGUUUCUUGCAAGUUCACCACCUGACUAUCUCGAACAUGGGCUAUGAGGACCAGAUCAACCUUUCCGAGACGUUCCCAAACCUACGCUCACUAAAUCUCAAUACAUGUCUGGCCUAUAAUCAACUAUCUGGAUCACCCCUCAUCGGUACGCUCCCUGAACUCGAUUAUGUCAAGUAUACGAACACGGACAUUCAGACAUUUUGCUACAGAGGUCUAGUGCGACGACUCGCUUUCACUGCCCGCGGUGCCGAUAAGGAUUUGAUCAAGGUCAUUCAGCAAUCGUCGCCUGUUGUCCUCGACUGUGCUUUUGAUUCACCAUCCAUGCUUAGAAAAUUGCGUAGGGCAGCGCCCGAGUUGCGUGUCUUGCGUAUCCGCAUCAAUUUCAACGAACUUGCAGGUAUUUCUGGUGACCACAUACCGUUUGCCUUUCUGGCGAAACUUCCGCUUACGGCGAUUUCUAUUCGUGCAUCUUGGUUUGAUCCUCACCUUUGGAUCCCGGGCGUGGCAAGCCGAGUGAUCACGUAUAUGGCGCGUCGCAUAUCCACGGCUGAAUAUGUGGAGCUCAGUCUCGCUUCAGGCAUGGAUUACCCAGACCAAGGCAUUUGGCACAAGGUAAUUUCACGCCAUGACCAAGUAUGCACCCUCGAGCGAUUGCCACGAUGGGAGAGCGACGUGUUGGAAUCUCGUCUACUCGCCAUGCCGCGCCUGUGA